UUCAGCACCGGGCGCAGUGUGGAGGGAGAGGCGAGCGGGGAGAGACGUAGCUGCUCGGCCACGGUGGAUACAAGCCAGGAUGUUCCUCUUCUAGAACCCCUCCUUUUAAAACAUUUGAACUACAUUAAGCUCGGGGACUUAGGCGGGGAUAUCGUGAGUGUACCGUGUUGUGACCGGCUGAGACAGAUGCGUCUGCGGUCUCUCUGUGUCCGGUAGUAACGUCUGUCUUUGUUCGGUGGUGUGACAUCUGUCCUCCUUCACCUCCAACAUGGAGCAUGUAGAGAAGGAGCACAGGUCGGACGAGGAGACCGAAUAUGAAGACGAGGAGGUGGACCCCAGAAUCCAGGGGGAGCUGGAGAAACUCAACCAGUCCACCGACGACAUCAACAGAUGUGAGACGGCGCUGGAGGAUGCGAGGCAGAAGUUCCGCUCGGUCCUGGUAGAGGCCACCGUGAAACUGGACGAACUGGUGAAGAAGAUCGGCAAGGCUGUGGAGGAGUCCAAGCCUUAUUGGGAGGCCCGCAGGUUGGCCAGACAGGCCCAGCUGGAGGCCCAGAAGGCCACCCAGGACUUCCAGAGAGCCACUGAGGUCCUGCGGGCGGCGAAGGAGACCAUCUCGCUGGCUGAGCAGAGGCUCCUGGAGGAGGACAACCGGCAGUUUGACUCGGCCUGGCAGGAGAUGCUGAACCACGCCACCCAGCGGGUGAUGGAGGCGGAGCACACUAAGACGAGAAGCGAACUGGUGCACAAGGAGACGGCGGCCAAAUACACGGCAGCAAUCGGCCGCAUGAAGCAGCUGGAGAAAAAACUCAAACGCACCAUCAACAAGUCCAAGCCCUACUUUGAGAUGAAGGCGAAGUACUAUCUGCAGCUGGAGAACCUGAAGAAGAACGUGGACGAGCGGCAGGCCAAGCUGUCUCAGGCCAAAGGCGAGUAUAAGACGGCCCUCAGGAACCUGGAGAUGAUCUCCGACGAGAUCCACGAGCGACGGCGAAACUCCGCCAUGGGCCCCCGGGGGCGCGGCGUGGGCGCCGAGGGCGAUAGUGUUUCCGGGGACGACAUCUCAAACUUUAAGAUGGAGUCGGACGGAAUAUCCAUGGCGUCUGUGUGUUUCGAUGACGAGGCUUGUGGCGGCAGCAGCAUCAUGUCGGAGGAAGACUCGGAGACUCGCUCCACCUGCAGCCUGGGCUCAUCUCCCAGCAGCCCUCAGGAGCUCCUGUCGCCCUGCCCCUUCGCCAGCUCCUCCUCGUCCUCCCCCUGCACAUCCUCCUCCGCCUCUCCGUCGCCCACACCCUCCUCCUCCUCCUCCUCUCCGUCUCCUCUGUCCAGGCCCUGCAGCCUGGACCUUCCCAGCACCGUGUCGCUGUCCGACUUCGGCCUCAUCUCUCCGGUGCUCGGGCCUCGCAGCGAGUGCAGUGGAGCGUCGUCACCAGAAUGCGACCUGGAGAGAGGUGACCGGGCAGAAGGUGCAGAGGGGGAUCUGGACAACGCUCCGGCCGCCACCACGAACAACAACAGCAGCAGCAGCAGCAGCAGCAGCAGCUCCACUUCCAGCACCAAGAGGAGCUUCAGCCUGGAGGCACGCUUCAGCUUUCUGAAUCUGCGCCGCCCGCGCGCCGACAACACCAAAACUACGGACAACUGUUCCCAGAAGGCCGAGACCGGGCAGACUGUGGUCUUGGUCAAAUGAGUCUGAGGACCAAAAAGAGAAUUUGUUGGAGGGAUUUUGGCUCUGCCUUGACUCAUUCUGAUCUAAACUCUCUGAUAAACUGUUUAUAAGCGACCUGCCACAACUGCACUCCAUUUCCAAACUCCGCGGUCAAAGAGAGACUCUGAAUGUCAUAGUUGGUGUCUAUUAAGUAUCCUGUACAUCUCUGCAGCAUUGUUACUCCCAUUUACCUUAUAAAGGACAUUGCACCUAAGGACUCUCGUGCCUGGGAGAUAAAGAGCACUGUUAAGGGCGAUGAAAGAAAAAGAUGGAAAGAAAUUGUUCAUGUUCUUAUGUUAGUUUUCCACUAAAAAGCAUACUAGCUGCCUGUGUGUAACCUUUGACUUGGGAAUCAUCUUAAAACGGCUCUAACUAUUAAAUAAUUGGUAUAAUUGUUUAUCAAAACUGAGAAUUUAUAACUGUUAAGUGGCACUUGGCAUGCUGUAAACCAUGCAGAGGUGAUUUUUGCUUCAACAGUUUAACAAAUUAAAGUCACACAGAUGUUCAAUAAAUACUGAUCUCUUAUGCUUCUGCUAUACACUCCUGUAUUAUGUACAAUGUUGUAUUUUCUGAAGCUAUGUAUGUAAAUUGUUCAAGGCACUAUGGAGCCUCUGUGUUAAAAGGCUGUUUAUUUUCCACAUAAGCUACGUAAACUAUAAUUCUGGUUAAUUUAAGCUUUUGCCACCAUGAUGAUUGCGUUUUGAAUUGACAUCUUUUUGGUGCACAUCCAGUAAAGUUACUGAUAUUUAAACACAAAAUACAAUAACGUCACAUUGCAGAUAAACAAAAAUAGCUGCAUGUGGUAUCACAGUAUUUAAAGAGUGGCUUAAUAGUAAGCUGAAGUUGUUCACUGUGGUUUAAAGUGAUGUAACUUUAGAAAGAAGAAGUAAUGGAAAGUUAAAUAUAAUAGAAUACACUUGCUGAAUUCUCUGGUAAUUGGCUGCACAGUAUUAUGGUAGCUAAUGUUUUAUAUAUCAAAUGUUUAGUUCAUAAUAAAGAAAAAAAGAUUCUUGUUGAAUUAUACUCAAAUGUUUUGCUGGUGCAGUCUUAUAUGGUCUGAUAUGACUAAUGGCUACUUCAGCAAACUGUUGAGCAAGCUGUUGAGCAAAAGUUGUUUAGUGUUGCUUUAAAGUUUUGAGUUUAUUCUCUCCACCCAACAGUGAUGUCAUAGUGUACUAACACACUCUGGAGUACACUUUCACAUCACUGUGUCGAGGUGAGAGGUUAAAUCCCUGGAGGUCAGCGAAAUCAAGAUUUUCAGCUUCUGUUAAGUUGUUCUUUAAUUGCUUUAGUCUGAAAAGGUUUUCCGGGAUGUGCACCGCUUUCUCAACAUGCUGCUGUUAUACUACUCACCAAUAAAAUUACGCAAUAUAACAAUUGUUAAAAUAACAAUUUUCUCUGCUCAAUGUAGUGGACAGCAGUACUUACAAGCUGUGUAAUGAAGUCAGUGGUUUUUAAACAAUCAUUAUUUUGGCAAAAACAAGACCGAAAAAUCUAAAUUAUCCUUUAACAUAUUGCCUACAGCUCUAUCUUAAACCCAAGCACAUAGCAACAUCUCGAACUAGCUGCACAACUACACAGGGAGGUGGAUCAUUAACUGUGAACAGAGGUGUAAAACUGGAUGACAGAGGCUUGAAUUUCCUUCUCUGCACUACACUGAGCCAGUAUGUUCAGCCUCUCCUCGUCGUGAUGGGUCCCUCAGGGCUCUGUACUGGAGUCCCUGCAUUUUCCUACAAACUCCUUCCUCCUAAGAGCCAUCUGCCAUAUUGAAAGACAAAGCAAUACGAGGACUCAACUCUGGAACUUUACACUGCAUCCUCUGAUGGAUAAAAACUGGUUUUGGACAUAAAUAAAAGAACAAAGAACAAGUUUUCUGAAUGUGGAAAGAAAAGCGGAUUGUUUUUAAAACCACUGAUCCAAUGAUGGAUUGUGUUGUUGGAGAUUUUUACAAGCAGACUGAAUGUUUGAAGACUUGUUAAAGGAAGAAUUUGAUGAUAACCAUUGUUUUUCCUGCCUGAUAAGGUGCCAUAUUAUGAGAGAAGUAGCUGGUUGCUUCAGACCCCAGUUAACAUUACUCUGUGAAACCAGUGAUAACCUCUCGCUUGGACGUAUUUUACUUGUGUUUAGGUGAGGAAUAAUAUCUUUGAUUUUACUGUGGAGCAAAAGGAACAAAAGGUUUCAGCAGUUUAAGCAUCAGGGUUGAAAUAUUAGUAUGUUCCCCCAAGUGGGUAAAUCAUGCACUCAAAUUAGUAACUUGUACCCUAAAAUACUUAUUUUAUUCCCUCAGAUUUAAGGAUGUAUUUAAGGAAUUCUGUCAACAAAUAAGUCCAAAAGACCCAAACUACUAAUUUGUUGGUCUAUCUCUCGAUACUUUCUGAUUUCUCUACCCUGUCUGUGGCUCUCAGGCUCAAGCCCAUUGGUUACUAAGGACAUACAUCUUAAAAAACAAGUUACAAAUAUAUAGUUUAUUUUUUUUUAAAAAGCUAGUCACUGUAGUUACUCAAACAGGAGGAAAUUGUACAUUUGUUGGGGACUAUUUUUGGCGUUGGAUUAAUCCAGUCUCGUCCACUCUAGUGAGUAUUUGGGGCAGCAGGACGGUGUAUGUGGGACUGAGUUAAAAUAAGAUACAGUGUGUGUGUUCACAGUAAUGAAGGAAAAUGUUGCCCAGUGCAACGGUGUGGUGGAGCUCUAUGGCACAGAGGAUAUAUCAGAUAACAAGAUAUCAAUUUGUUGUCACUUUGGGUCUUUUCAUGGAACUUUUGCCCUCGACAACUGCUAAGGACUGUUUGGCUUUAAUACAGUUUUACUUUAAUUUUGGUCUGAAAAACAGACAAAAAUAGUAAUUUGAGAGCACAAUUUUGUAUUUGUCGUCAUAAAUUAUUCAUUUGAGGGAACAAAAUAAGUAAUCUGAGCGUAGGAAAGACUGGAUUGAGGAAACAACUCAUCAUCAAACUUCUUCCAGCUAUACAGAGAAGUGCUUGGUGACUGGGGAAAAAUAGAAGGCUGAGAAUUUACAAAUGGUCAACAUCUGUCACAUCAUCGCUGUAGUAACAAUUCAGCCUCUUGCCUCCUGCUUUCUUUCUUCAGUUUGUGUAUUAUGUGUGUGAACAAAAUGUGAUAUCUGUAUAUUUCAGUAUAUCUGUGUCACUUUUUGAUGUGGAAAUUAGAAUAUAAACCACUCACCGGCCUCCCUCUCAUAGCUGUGUGUGUGUGUGCAGUGGGUGUGUAGUCCUCUGCAUCGUCUCUCAGCAGCUUAUGUGCCUGUUUUUCAGAGUAAGAGUAAAAUAAACAGAUGUUCACUUCA